AUGAGAAGCCUAACCCACCCCUUUCUUGUUGACCCUCCGCUCUUACACCAGGGUGUAGAAUCGAGAGUGGGCUUGGGCUACCAGGCACCCCAACUGAACUCACAAACGCUGCCCCUACAUGUGGGGUUAAAAUUCGCAAUCCCGCGGGCGAAGAACCUGAAAGUUGCUCACCAUGGUUUUUCCUCCUCGGAGGAAGUAUAUCACCCACGUAUGAAUGGGGGAGAUCUUAUCGGCGAGGUCGUCGAUACUCGACCUGAGCUUGACAUCGCUCUCGUUAGGCUAACCCCCGCUGCCUCCUCUAGCUUCACUAAUCAGUGCUAUUUCCAAGCCAAAUCCCCUACUUGCCUCCUGAAAAGUUCUCAAAUCUCGCAAGGCGCAUGGAGUGAAGUCGACGGGAUGAGUUCAGGGCUAUUCAGCAUGAUGAAUUGCGGCAUCAUGCUCAUACGACCAAUGCGUCCAAUUGGCCACCCCGAGCUCGAUUUUGAAAACUGGGAUACCAGAUCGGUGGGGUUCCUUUUCGGAAAUGUCAACAGCGCUAUCUCUGAUGCUGUGUGUGGCGCCCCAAUAGUGGACGUUGAGUCUGGCGGAGUUUCCGGCUUUUUCCACCGGAGUGAUGGGAUCUUUGGCUAUAGUUCUGUCCUUGAUGAUCUCGUGGCCGAGGGAUGGAGACUAACGUGA